AUGUACGAAGGGAUUGACAACCUGAAAUCCCUUUACGACCGUGCCGGGAAGACUUUCUCUGGCGGUCCUUCUGCGGCACAGGAUGUGUCGCGUCGUACUGCUCGACUAGACCCAGUACGUCAACCAUCAAUUGGGAGCGGGGCUCCCAAGAAUCCCAGGACGGGGGAUAGCCGCGCCACCGGACGAGGUAACUCGUCCGACGUCCGUUCACGUCGCGGUGGUUCAACAGCUGCUCUACUAGAUAGCGCUGGCCACCGCGAGAGUCCUCUAAUGGAGGUGGAGGAGGAGGAAAGACGCUCUCCACACGAUCAUGUGGAUCGGUGUGUUCCCGAGAGCUUCUUUGAUCGCGUAACGCAAGGGUUACGCGACGAUCUCGAGCAUGAGCGGAAUAGGCGUCUCCAGAUGGUGGACACUGCCUCGAAGCAUCGAGCUGAGUUUGCCUUUGCUCAGCUUGAGAACGAGAGAUCUCUGACAUCUCUUCGUGACGAGCUAAGGGUAGCUCGUGGGAUUGUUGAUCGGUCUCGGGCUGAGAUAACUGCUCUUCAGACCCUUGUUGAUGCCCACCAUCGGGAGCACAAGGCUCUCUGCGAGAUGCUUGAGCGCAAGGGCGUUCUUCAUCGGAAGAAGCAGCGUACUGAUGGUACGGCUUAA